GAAUUUGAAACACUUGGGAGGACCGCGCUGGGCAAACUGUGUGCAGUGUGGUCCUUCAUAUUGUAGCAAGCCAUGAGGGUAGCUCCACAUGUGCCCUGUGCUCUUUGGUGCAGUUCUGAAUUCUACUCUGCUUUUCUACAGGUAAAAGUCUACAGCCUUCAGCUCUCAGAUAUGGAGGAGGUGAGCCCAUCUGUCUGUAUGAAAGGUCAAGGUGAAGAGGGGGGCUCGGAAGAGGUCUGUGAUGAUAAGAAAGAGAAGUCCACACUCCACAAAAGAAGUGCUGACAUCAAAGAAGAGGACUGUGAGUGGGAAUCUGCAUACCUUCAACAGGAGAGCAUCAGCAUGAAGAAGGAGGAUUGUGAUGUAGACACUGAUUCGAUGCCCGAGAGCACUGAGGGGCAGAAAAAUAUAACUGUACACAGUAUGAAGGAUGAAGACCUCAAAUCGGAGAGUGAAUCUCAGUGUUUAUGUCCCGAAGAAAAGGUUCCUGCAUCUGACUUCACACCCAAAAGUUCCCCACAGCAGCAUUCUGACCAAGUGAAGUUGGAAUCGAUGGACGUGAGAGGGACCACUGAUGCAUCGGGUUCAAGUCACUCUGGUGAAGUUUCACAAAGCAAUAGCAACUUCUCCUUCUCUCCACUGGCACAGUCCUUGCUUCAGUGCACAUCACAGCAAGCAACAAAUGGUCAAAAUCAAAAUAAAUCAACAUCUGCAUCAAGGAGUUUCAUACCGGCCUAUCUGAUAGGUAAUCCGCUUCCUGUUGUGACUCUAAUGACGAUAAGUGGAAUUGCCGUUCAACUUCAGAUUAACAAUGCAGACUCCUCCACUGUCCACCAAGAGCAGAAAGUAAGAAGUCCGAAACACAACAGCAAUGGUGAACCGAGCAAUAAACCCCAGAAGCUGCAUGGUUGUUCUGAAUGUGGAAAGCAGUUCUCCUCCAGUAGCAGUCUUAGGAAACACCAAAGAAUUCACACUGGAGAAAAGCCCUAUAGUUGUUUUGAAUGUGGCAGACAAUUCACCAACUGCACCUCUCUUCAGAGUCACAGAAGAAUUCACACAGGAGAGAAGCCAUAUUCUUGUCCUGAGUGUGGAAAACAACUCUCUAGAAGGAGCUAUCUUCACGUGCACAGAAGAAUUCACACCGGGGAGAAGCCGUAUUGCUGUUCUGAAUGUGGCAAACAAUUCACCACUAGAAGGAACCUUCAGAACCACAGAAGAUUUCACACCGGAGAAAAGCCAUAUUGUUGUUCUGAAUGUAGCAAACAAUUUUCCACCCUCUCGUAUCUUCAGGCUCAUGCAAGAAUUCACACCGGAGAGAAGCCUUAUUGUUGUUCUGAAUGUGGGAAACGAUUUUCUCGCGGAAGUGGCCUUUACAGCCACAAAAAGAUUCACACUGGGGAGAAGUCAUUUUGUUGUUUUGAUUGUGGCAAACGAUACUCUCGUGCGAGUGGUCUGCGUAUCCACAAAAGAAUUCACACUGGAGAGAAGCCGUUUCGCUGUUCUGAAUGUGGCAAAGAAUUCUCCACAAGGGGCCUCCUUCAGUCUCACACAAGAAAUCACACAGGAGAGAAGCCAUAUUCUUGUUCUGACUGUGACAAACAAUUCUCCUCCAGCGUGAUGCUUCGUGCUCACAGUAGAAUUCACACUGGAGAGAAUUUGUAUUGUUGUGGUGAAUGUGGAAAACAAUUUGUGUUCUGGAGCAGUCUUAACAAGCACAAGGCAGUUCACAGUGGGGAGAAGCCGCAUGCCUGUUCUGAAUGUGGCAAACGAUUUUUGGAAAGGAGCCAUCUUCGCAACCACAUGCGAAUUCGCACUGGAGAAAAGCCAUAUUGCUGUUCUGAAUGUGGCAAACAGUUCUCCCGUAAGAGCAGACUUCUAAUCCACAAGAGAGUUCACACGGGAGAGAAGCCAUACUGCUGUUCUGAAUGUGGCAAAGGGUUCUCCACCAGAGAGCUUCUUCAAACUCACACAAGAAAUCACACUGGAGAAAAGCCAUUUUGUUGUACAGAAUGUGGGAAACACUUCUCCACCAAGGUGCUUCUUAAAAUCCACACAAAAAUUCACACUGGAGAGAAACCAUAUACGUGUUUGGAAUGUGGGAAAGGAUUCACUAGGACAAGCAACCUUCAGGCCCACACCAGAGUUCACACUGGAGAGAAACCAUUUUCGUGUCAGGAGUGUGGAAAGCGAUUCUCUGAGAGUGGAAGUCUGCAGAGGCACAGAAGAAUUCACACCGGAGAGAAGCCAUACUGCUGUUCUGACUGUGGGAAACGAUUUUCACAAUUGAGCUACCUUCGGGUCCACAGAACAUCUCACACUGGUGAGAAGCCAUACAGCUGUUCUGAAUGCGGCAAAGGAUUCUUGCUCUCAAGCCAUCUUCAGAGGCACUUACGACUUCAUACUGGAGAGAAAGCCCAUUGUUGUUUUGAGUGUGGCAAACGAUUCCCUGACAAGAGCAGUCUUCAGAGACACACAAAAAUACACAGUGGAGAGAAGCCAUAUUGGUGUUCCGAAUGUGGCAAACAGUUCUUUGAGAGCAGGAGUUUGCAGAGGCAUAUAAAAAUACACUCUGGAGAGAAGCCAUAUUGCUGUUCUGAAUGUGGCAAGCAAUUUUCAGAGAUGAGCUAUCUUCAGGCCCAUGCUAGAAUUCACACUGGAGAGAAACCUUACUGCUGUCCUGAAUGUGGCAAACGAUUCACUGCUAGAAGCACUCUUUGGAGACACAUGAGAGUUCACACCGGAAAGAGGUCCUAUUGCUGCUCUGAAUGCGGCAAGGAAUUUUCUGAAAUGAGCUCUCUUCAGGCCCACACAAGAACUCACAAUGGUGAGAAGCCAUAUUGCUGUUCAGAGUGUGGCAAACGUUUCUUGAUCAACAGCAAUCUUCAAAGACAUAUAAGGACUCACACCGGGGAGAGACCAUACUGCUGUUCAGAAUGUGGCAAACAAUUCUCAGAGCAGAGAAAUCUUCAGCUUCACGCAAGAACUCAUACUGGAGAAAAGCCAUACUGCUGUUCGGAAUGUGGUAAACGAUUCACCACCACCAGUAAUCUUCAGCAACAUGCAAGAAUUCACAACCGUGGAAAUGUUAAGAGUGCAACAGCAAAUCACAACUAAUGACUGAGGAGCCGUUCUAUCUUGACAGUAUGUGAAGCAAACCUUCCUGGAGAAAUGAACCUGUAAGAGAAGACAUAUUGCUGCUCUGUCAGUGACAUGCAGUUCUUACAAAUGAUUCAAGAAUUCACAAUGGAGAGACGCCAAGUGGCUGUUCUGACUGAGGCCAGGGCUUCCAAUGCUAUAGAAAACUUCAUAAGAGAAUGCAAUCUGAAGUGUAGAGAGGAAAACAAAAUAGCAGAAUACCAGGAAAUACAAUCGACAAUAUGCUAAAUGUGGAAUAGAACCAUUAUACUGUUUGUAAAGGGGUCGACAGGUCCAAGCAAACGUUGAUCUGAGGCUGCGUGGUUGCACAUAUAGUUGUGAAAUCAAGGUAGCCAUGAGUGCAAGAAAUACACUUGCAUUGAGAUAGAGAACUUUAAAAACUGAUCUUGAUGUGCCAGAGAGAGAGAGAGAGUGAUAGCCAUGAACAGAUUAUUUAAAAAAGUAAUAGAUAUAAAGGGGGUAACAUAGAGACCGUUAGUGUCAGACUCAGGGCUGGAAAGACACAGACAUAAUCUCAACAUCAGAGGAGUGAAAAGAUGGCUUAUAGAGAAGUGCUGACAUGGUGGCACCCGGGCAACAAUCCAACAAGCUUAACGUCAGCAUAGACUCCCGAAAGCAGACCAGGGCCACUGUGAAGAGUAUCAGAUUUCUUGGACGAACUGAAGUGGGCACAAGACAUUUCUACAUGAGGAGGCUCGCCUGUGCCCCCAUCUCUUCAGACGUCCAAGGGCAGCUCUCAUUUCUCCAUCUGUUGUCAUAAGCCUCUAUAGGGGGAGUCCAUCCACACUGGCCUCAUCCCAUCCUGGUACAUCACCUCCUCAGCACAUGAAUGUAAAGCACUGAUGAGGGUAGUGCAGGUGGCACAGAAUGUGACCAGCGCCCACCCCGCCUUCUGUCCAGGACAAACACAACCCUUACUGUGUUAGAAAGGCAAAGAGUUGAAUUGAAAACCUCAGCCAUUCUGCUUCCUUCAGGAUCUUUGGCACUCUGACCAGUAGGUUCAGGGACAGUUUGUAUCCACGGGUCAUAAGGCUACCGAAGAGAUAGUCACGAUAGUGAAUAAUACGCGUGUUUAAACAAAUACCUGCACAUACGUAUUGUAAAUAAUUGUAUAAAUCUGCGUCACAUUCUGGGUAUACCUUUUGUGUAAGUCUCUAUUAUUAUUGUUACUGUCAUAAAGAGUGUCACUGUACUGUGGGAAACAUGUCAAGAAAGCUGAGCUUGAAGUUGUAGCCGGUCAUGUGGGGCACUCAUUAGAUUUACUCAGUUUGGUGUUUUGGAACCUGGAGAUGUGAAGAAAAGAGCAUCUGGGUGGGCUCAGUGAGGGUCAUUACCUGAGAAUAAGGACGCUGAAGGUCUGAGUAGAACAACCGAGAUCAACUAUGGAGUCUGGCAGCUAAGCAGGAGCUGGAGGGACCGUCAUGGCUGUUGUCACUUUUAUGGCAUCGAGGAGACAGGCAAGUCAGAGUUUCAUUGUACUCUGCACAGUACGUAACGCAUGCACAACAAUAAACUUCAACUGUUUUGGGUGUAAAUAUUUUAUUUGCCGCUUGUGAUUUAUUCCUUAUUCUGGCAGCACCAUUUUGUAGUUUGGUUUUAUGGGUGCUGUCACCAUCUUGUUUAGUGUUGUCACAUUAUUGCUUCCCAUCUGUGUAAGAUGGCUGUGCACAGCUGUUGUGGUGUGACAUUUCAUAUAUAAGUUGAUAAAUAUUUUGCAUGUCUUUAUUUGUAACUUAGACUGAGCAAAUGUAUAAUUAGUGUUACAUCACGGAUAGGAACAGCAAUGGUUUAACUAACCACCCCUAAUUAGGACUGACUUUAUGGCAGGGUUGGGGUAAGCGCCUCAAACCAGUUUGACAAGUGAUUCUCUGCAGGACCCUCUCAAUCAACCGACCCACCCCCAGUAAAGCCAGACUACCUAGCUGGCAAGCAUCAGCUCAACAGAUGGUAUUGGGGGGCCGGGUGAGGAAGGUAUUGUGUGCCCCCAUUGGUCUGAAGUAUGGCUGUUUGGAAUUGGUUUGAAUUUGAAGCCAUUCUGUAGCACGACGCCCUAUUGAUGUAAGGGUUUGGAUAAUGAACGUAUAAAUUCUGUUGCUUUACCCCUCCUUCUCUCUCUCUCUCACACACAAACCAUCAUGAUGAAGGAGCAUCUCAAACACCAUGGACUGAAAAGAAGA